AUGCCAAGCCCAGCAACGGCGGCAACAGCAGCGGCGGCGGAGGCGGCGGCGGCAACGGAACCAACGGCGGCCUGGGCAUGGCGGCGCCCCCGCCGGCGGGGACAAGAAGGUCAUCGCAACGAAGGUUUUGGGGACAGUGAAAUGGUUAACGUAAGGAACGGCUAUGGCUUCAUCAACAGGAAUGACACCAAGGAAGAUGUGUUUGUCCACCAGACUGCUAUCAAGAAGAAUAACCCCAGGAAAUACCUUCGCAGUGUAGGAGAUGGAGAAACUGUGGAGUUUGACGUGGUUGAAGGUGAAAAGGGAGCAGAGGCAGCCAAUGUUACAGGUCCGGGCGGCGUUCCUGUGCAAGGCAGCAAAUACGCAGCAGACCGUAACCAGUACAGACGAUAUCCUCGGCGCAGAGGCCCUCCGCGCAACUACCCACAGAAUUACCAAAACAGUGAAAGUGGGGAAAAGAAUGAGGGGUCAGAGAACUUGCAGGAAGGGCAGUCCCAACAGCGCCGCCCCUACCGCAGGAGGCGGUACCCCCCUUACUACAUGCGUCGGCCCUACGGCCGGCGGCCACAGUACUCCAAUGCCCCUGUGCAAGGAGACCUAGUUGAGGGCGCCGACAACCAGGGUGCAGGGGAGCAAGGCAGGCCUGUCAGGCAGAACCUGUAUCGGGGUUACAGACCGCGCUAUCGCAGGGGCCCUCCUCGCCAACGGCAGCCCAGGGAGGAAGGCAACGAAGAAGACAAAGAGAACCAAGCAGAUGAGGUCCAGGGCCAGCAGCCACCUCAGCGUCGGUACCGUCGCAACUUCAACUACCGGCGCAGACGCCCAGAGAACCCUAAACCACAAGAUGGCAAAGAGACCAAGGCAGCCGAACCAUCAGCUGAGAACACGUCCGCUCCCGAGGCCGAGCAGGCGGGGCUGAGUAAACGCCGGCUUACCAUCUCUACCAUCAUCCGGUUUAGUCAUCAAAGAAGAGAGAAUCUGAAAUAAGCAGAAUCUGAAAUUCCAGCAAUAAGAAAUGAACAGAAGACUUGGAACUGAAGACCUUAAGUGCUUGCUUUUUGCUGUUGACCAGAUAACUCGAACUCUCUGCAUUAUCUAUGCAGCACGGGAUUUUUAUUAUUUUUACCUAUAAAGCAGUCUCCUCCUUUUGGGAGCGACAAACAUGUUUUUUAAAAGGCCUGUUUUUUCUCAAUACACCUUUAAAGGUUUUUAAAUUGUUUCAUAUAUCUGGUCAAGUUGGGAUUUUUAAGAACCUCAUUUUUAAUUUGUAUGAAAUACACCUGAUUUUUUCACGUCAAACUGCAAGCAUCUCUUAAAUAAAGGUCUUAAGAAUUGC